AUGAGGCUUCCCGUGGGAUUGCAGCUGAAGAUUGAGGAGAUUCAGCAGGUAACGAAUAUCCAUAUCCUGCAGAAAUCAUUGAUUUCGUUGUUGGAUGCUCCAUUCAAGCGGCUGAAUGCAAUCAUCAAUAACGAUGAUGAUUUUGAAUCUCCAAUUCUGAAGGAAGCACGACAUCUUCGGGUUUUCGAAAACCUCCCUUACCAAAUUCGACCACCAGUUGUCUUGAAUCUUCAAAACUUGAAUUUCUAUAAAAUAUCUCGUAUUGAAAACAGCUGGUCUGUGGAAGACUUCCUGCUAGUCAUCAAGAAUUGGGUUGAAUCUGGAAAAAAAGUUGGUAGCUGCUACAUUUUCGGCACUAGCGAGCUUGUCAAAAACAAUAUUUUGGGAAAAAUCAGGGAGGUGUAUAAGGACACGGAGACUGGGAAUGCAUUUAUCUCGAUUCCGACAAGAUUCAAUAAUCAAGUGAAGGUGUCAAUUGAAAAGGGCAAGGUACUAAAUCGUUGGGAUGUGAAGUUUGAGGUUCUUCCGAUCGAACAGACUUCUCAGUGA